AUGGUGCCCCUAGCAUAUUAUGAUCAACACUUUGUGCCCUUAGAACACUCUUACCAACUGGCCGCAACCAGCUCAUUAGCACGUCAAUACACAGAUGAAAAAUUAAAUCAACCCAAUAACCAAUCUGUGGUCAGAGUACAAUCCCAUAGUAAUAACCUUGUAGUGCCUCCACCAAACUCUAGCCAGAAGGUACAGAGAUGCUCAGAAUUGCCCUCUGUCACGUCUCAGGGCACAAUUUCAGGGGGCUGCUAUAACAGGGUCCUAAAAUCACCAUUAUCUCACUCCAAACAUCAGGCCACACCUUCACUACACCUCCAGCGGAGAACUCCCUUGUGGCCUAAUAAGAAAGCCCUGAGCUCGCCUUUGUCCCACCCUAAACCUCAGAACACAUCUUCAUUUGACCUCAUUAAGACAUUGUCACCAGAGCCCAGUCAAACAGACUGGAGCUCACAGUUGUCCUUUCCUAAACCUCAGAAUACGUCUUCCCUAGAUCUUUUCUGGACAUCACCUCCACUGAAGUCUAUUCGAAGAGUGUCAAGUUCAUCACUAUAUGUCAAUCAUCAAGAAAACCCUUCCCCAGAUUACCUAUGGACAUCAUCAUCUUUGGAACCUAAUCAAAGAGCCUUUAGUUCAGCAUUACCCCAGUCCAAGCCUCAGAAAGCCUCUUCAUUGGACAGCCUGUGGUCAUCUUUGUUAGAGCGCAAUCAAAGAUGCUUGAGCUCACCAUCUCUCAACUCUACAUCUCAAAUAAAUGACUUGUUUCAGACAUCACCUGAAGCCCAGCAUUUGGAGCCCAGUCAAAUGACUCUGAGCUCAUCAUUACCUGACCCCAGACUUCAGACACCACCUGUAUUGAGGUCCAGUUCCAGUGUUCUGAGAUUACCAUUGUCCAAUUCAAAACCAAGAAAGUCACCUUUACCACACUCUGAUCAGCAGUCAAAGAGUUUGCCGUUGUUCCAGCCUAAAACACUUGAUCAUGACUUCAGGACCCCGAGCUCAGCAAUGUGUCACUCCAGAUUGCAGGACACCACUUUACCAAGUGACAAACACAAAGCCACAGAUCUUUCCUCACCUCAUCCCAAACCAAAUGUCUCAGGUCAAUCAUUAUUCAGCUCCAGGCACUCCAUAAGGAGCAUAGCUGCUUUAACACUGGGCUCCAGACUCCAGCGAAAAAGCAGUUUUGGUCAUUGUGAAGAGACAGGACCCGGUAAAGAAAUUCCAUGGACUUUAGAUUACACUCAACCCUGCAUUGUUAAAGGUGGAACUGUCCCCAGUGAUGUGGUAAAUAAAAUCGUCAAUUCUCUCUCCAAGACCAGAAUCCAGAGGGAUCUCUGUAGGCAGAUUCUCUUUCGAAGGAUGAGGGGAAGACCAAACCCUCGUCCUGGCCCCCGCCUUUCAUCAAGUUAUAUGGUUUGCUUGGCCUGUGCUUCCUGCAUCAGAUCUCAUUGCAGCCAUCUUACAGGAAGGAAAGACCCCCACGCCGCCACACUCUUUGUCAUCCCAACUCCUGAACUCACUCCCGAGAAGGAGAUAACGGUGAAACUAGUUUUUAUCCUUUCCCUACCAGAGACUACUUUUUUACUCCCUGUGAAAGAAAAUCAGCCCGAUGAAGCCCCUGAAGACAGUCUUGAAGGAAUGGAGAAGAUGUCAAACAUUUUCCCUACCUCGAAAUCUGAUACCACUCAGGGAGCUAAUGAGAAGAAGACCUGGCUGACAGUAGCCCCCGAAAACCAAGCUGUAAGCCAACGGCCCCAGGCUGUAGACUGGCUGCUCUAUGUGAAGAGAAACAGUAGCCCUCAGUUCCAGCCCGUGCUCCCGUCCUCUUCCUCCUCCACGUCUUUGUCCUCCUCGUCCUCUUCAUCUUCCUCCUCCUUUUCCUCUUCCACCAUAGCCCCCUUACCCCCUCCUCCUCCUCCAAAAGAGUCUGCCGUCUCAGACUGUGUGUUCACGAAGUUACUUAGUUACCACCGGUUGCCUCCAGGGGUCUCCUGGCUUGAGUUUAUAUGUAGUAAAAAUCACCAGCCACUUCCUGGAAAACCGCGUCCAAGUCAAUCACCAUCUCCCAAAGCAAGGCCUAUGAGGAAUAGCACCACAGUUAAAAGGAGAAAGGGGCCCAAGACAGUGUUCAAAAUUUUCCAGACAAAGUUUCAAAAUGAGAGAAAUCUUGAUUAA